AGCCGUUUUGGCUCGAGGCAGUUGGCUCUGUCAGAAGAAAGCAGCAGGCCUACACCCCGAAGGCCUGCACCCCGAAUUUCGAUGGCGUCCGUCCGUGACGUCGAUAUUGAUUGCCCCGGGGAGGCAUCCCUUGCACUCAUUGAUGCCGAGAAGGGGGAGAUAUCCACUGAGGUUGACACGCAGGAAGGUGACCUAUCCGACAUCGAUCCACAAGAGGGAGAUCACGAGGAGAAUGGCGCCGUCAGCCUCAUCGACAGCGGCAGGGCACGCUUUUUGAUGGGGGUCUUCGCCUUGAUCAUCUCGUCUCUGUCCAACUCGAGCCAGUCGGUGGCAGUGAAGAUGGCCGGACGUGCCGGCUGCCAGGCCUUAGUUACUGCAACAGUGCGGUUAACGAUCCAGACCGUAGUUUCAAGUUGGAGCUUGGGGAGCGUCUUGAGUCCAGCGAACGACAUUUGGAGCAUUGGCAGCAGCAGAAGAUUCUGGAUUAUAGUACGAUGUGUGGCGGGCAGCUUGAAUUUCGGCAUCUUCUCUGUUGUCGUGACGUCGAUGGCCGUAGGAGAGGCAACUAUGAUCAAGUAUGCGUCACCAGUCAUCACUUGCGUGCUAGCUCGUUUCAUGCUGGACGAGGCUUGGGGGUGGUCAGAGAGCGCCGCCCUGCUCGCGUGCACAGGCGGGGUAAGUCUCGUCGCUUGCGCGCACGAAGGUGGAGGCGGUAAGCAUUACCAGGGACACCUCGGCCAAACCUCGGCUAUAGUGUUUGGGCUCUUGGGGUCUGGUUGCAACGCAAUGAGGAACAUCUCCCUGAAGCGGCUGGGCAAGGCCACGGAAGCCUCGGACGUGAAUAUUCCAACGACGACUGCGCACCAGGCUGACCUGAUGACAUGGCUGACUGGCGUCAUCGGCUUUCUCAUGUGCGGCGCCGCGGCGCUGGUGAUCGAAGGCCCUCGGGCGUUCACCUCGCUUUGUUCACCAGUCUGCCUGCUUUGGGUGAUGGCAGUUGGUGCUGCUGGGUACUGCACGCAGUGGUCUAUGAAUUGGGGCGCGCAGGGUGGGACCGCAACCCUGAAUAGUUUGAUCAGCUACCUGGAUGUGGUCUUCUCCUUGACGUGGCAGGUUGUCCUCUUCGGGGAGCCGUUGAUGCUCAAAGUCGCCCUCGGUGCCUCAUUGGCGUUCGUGUCAGUGGUGCUGGUGACAGCACAAAAGGUGUGCCAAAUUUGACGGGCGUGUGUUCUUCUGAUGUACAUAUUUCAUAUUUAGUAGUUAGGUCGGGGGGUUUAGGCUUUGUGUGAAGGCGCAGAACGUGGUUUGACUUGAUUGUUUAGGAUGCUUGAGGUUUUUUGUUGUGUUACAGGUUUUAGUCUAGGUCGUUGGUUGGCAGAUCGUUCUGCAUGCUUAAUUGAAUCGCUUCGCUCAUUCCGCCGGCCAGUGAUAUGGCAUCGCUGGUUUUUGUCUGUGUGUUCGUUGCCCAUGUUGCGCUCUUGGGGGCGGGUGUCGUUCGGACGCGUUGCGUGGGGAGUUUUGGGCCGCCCCGCGCGCGCGAACUAGAAAUACUGUUAAUACUGUUAACCAGUUACCGGAGAUCUUAGCACGCCCUGGCCCGUUGGGCCGGCGAUUUUUUUUGUUGGCCGGUAAUCCGCACCACCUCGCGUUCCUCUGUCUUCCCUUACGCUUCCUCUUCUCGCCCCCCUCGUCGUCCUCUCUUGGCACCCCCCACGCUUGGUGCCGACAACUCUUUGUACCAGGGGUUUCGUCCUGUACUAGGCCGAACCUGCGCGUUGCUGGCACCUCCCCCGCCCUCCUUGUCCUCCCUUUCCCCUCCCCCUUCCCCUCGUCCGAAGUUUUUUGUUUUUUUUGCUCUCGCCUCUGCCGCAGCCCCCCGAAUCUCGCAAACCUUGUGCGUUGACAGACGGAGUGUACCGACACCAUUCCCGACCGAGCUUAGGUUCGGCUCAAGGCGUCGUGCGAGGGACGCGUCGCCUGAGUCGCCAGAGGCGCCGGCAAAGUGGUGGAACUUAGUUUGUCAGCUUUAAUUUGUG